CUUAAUUUUGUCUAGGCUGCUCAAUCUCAUACCUGCUACGAAAGAAAGACACAACCCUGUUAUCGAGAGGAUUCCAUUUCAAUCUAAAGUCGAAUAAUCUACUACAAGACGUAAAAGGUAACGACUAUGGACCCCUGGAACAGUGCCCAGGAUGUUGUACGCUGCACCAUAUGCAAAACUUCUGAGGCUCUCCUGCAUUGUUCAGUUUGUCAUAUACAUCUGUGUAAAAAUUGUGUGGAAAACCAUUUCUCUGAUUACUCUACGGACCAUAAUGUAGUGCCUCUUAGACAAUCCUUGACAACUCAUUAUUUGAAGUGUAGGAAACACCCCACCAAACAAUGCGAACUCCACUGUGAACAAUGUGACAUUCCUAUUUGUGCGCAUUGUAUCUCUUCUGGAGAACAUUUAGGGCAUAAACAAGAAGACAUAUUUCAAAACCUAAAUAGUAAAAAGGAAAUUUUGAGGAAAGAUUUGGACGAACUAGAAAAUUUCGUUUUUCCUCGCUACCAAGAGUUGGCACACGGUAUACAAGUUCAAAAAGCUGAUCUCGAUAAAACCUCUAAAACACUGAAAAGUGCCUUCGAUAAACAAGGUGAAGUGUGGCAUAGAGAAAUAGACGACAUUAUCAAAAGCCUCAAAUUUGACCUUGAUAAGAAAGAAUCUAAAACUUUGACUGUCCUAUGCAAACAAGAAGGGGAAAUCGAUCGCAGGAUUUCUGAAAUAAAACACAACAUUGCUACUCUGAAACAAAUUCUUAGUUCGAAAGAUGCCAGUUUUGUAUUUUCCUACUUUCCUAGGAAUGCUGAAUUUUGGAGAUUGCCUGUCAAGCUCAAAAUGACCUUACCAAACUUUACUCCGCAGAAAAUCAAUAGAGAUCAGCUUAGUCAACAGUUUGGCUCACUUUCAGCAUUAUAUUUAACCACAGAGAAAAAUGAAUGUCCCAUGACAAUCAAAGAAAUCGAGCCCUCUCCCCCAGAACGAUCUCUGAUGGAUGUACCAAAAAUAACUGUUACUAUCGACACAUGCUAUAAAUACCUUUACAAUGUGACCUGCCUAAAUGAUAAAGAAUUAUGGUCACUCGGUAAUGACAAAAUCAUGAAACUCUAUAACCUGAAUGGAAAGCUUUUAAAGUCUAUCAAAACUAGGUCGGGAAACACGCCACAGGACAUAACAGUCACAAUGAAUGGGGAUCUAGUUUAUGCAGAUCACAAUGACAGCACUGUGAACAUAAUAAAGAACGAUAAGAUUCACGAAGCUGUUAGACUUCGUGGAUGGAGGCCUCUCAGUGUCUGCAGUGCCUCUGCUGGUGAUGAUAUCCUGGUUAUCAUGACCAGUGAUGAUUAUAAGCAAACCAAAGUUGUGCGGUAUUCUGGCUCCGAAGAAAAACAAAGUUUUCAAUCGAAUGAUAAAGAACAGCCUCUCUUUUCAUCUGGAUUAUAUAAUACGAAAUACAUCACUGAGAACAAGAACCUGGAUAUUUGUGUUUGCGAUACGGAUGCUGGUGCAGUGGUGGCGUUGAAUAAAUCAGGGAAGCUUUGGUUUAAAUACACCGGUCAAGCAACACAAUUACCAUCAACAAAACGACCAUUUAAUCCACACGGCAUAGCUACAGACAGUCGCUGUCGGAUCCUGACUGCAGACUAUAACAACAAACGUAUCCACAUCUUAGAUUUUGACGGAGCGUUCUUACGAUACAUUAACAACUGCGAAUUAGACCAUCCCUGUUAUCUAUGUGUAGACACAAGAGAUAAUAUAUUUGUGGCUGAGCGAAGCACAAGCAAAGUGAAGAAAAUCCAAUAUUACAAAGAAACAAAUUCCGUUUAAAUCAGUGCGCACAUACGCAACACGCUGUGUAUUCAUUGUCAUGCGCUUGUAUAUAUAAAAUGUGAUAAAAAACAAGUUUUGAUAUCAUUUCAAUCAGUGGAACUUAGUUUGUAACGCUCCUUUAUAAUUAGGUUUGAUUACUGAUUUUUACAUUUAUUUGGGAGUAGAAAGAAUAAAAUUGUCAUUACUUUUGUCUUUGAUUACUAAUGUGUUCAGCAUUAUGCAAUAUCAUCAAGGUUAAUAUGGAGAAAAUCGGUUUCGGAGAAUCAUACUUUACAUGUACACUAUUAAAGAUUACAUGCUCUUAUCAAUAAACAGUAUAAAAACAUAUAUCUUUAAAUCGGAGUGAAUAACAUGUGAUUGUCUUUUGGAGAUCGCCACUCUUUAUUUGACAGAAUAGGAUGCUUGCAUGGCACAAACUGUUAUUCUCAGUCUGAAUAUCCACCAAGAAGACCAAACUCCGAGAAAAAGAGAACACUGUUGAUAUACAUUAACUAUACAAAGGCAUGUAUAUCUUUGGUAUGUUUUUUUAAACUAUAAAAUGUUAUAGUUGUGUUUUAUCUGGACACAUGUAAGACUGUAGCGGGCGUUAUAGUUAUGUGGUAUGUGGCCUGUCCGUGCAAAUUUAUGGAGUUUGUGCAGUUAACGUGGAUAACAUUGAAACACAUAAACUGUAGCUGGUUAAUGAAAAAAAACUUGCUUAUAAGAAUUGUAAAUGUUGAUUGACUUAAAACGUAUAGACGAUGCUUUAUAUGUUCUCAGAUUUAUAACGUACUAGGUAUUCUUAAUGCACUUGAAGAACAUAUCGCAUGUUUAAUAUUGUCAUGGUCUUUCACGAGCGUCACAAACAUCGACGUUACAGUAACAUGAGGCACAUUUGUGAAGAUAUUUGCUUUUUUCAGUUUUAAGUGGUUAUUAUAAUCUAAAUAUCAAGUAAUAUCAGUUUUUAGCUGCUAGGAUCUAAAUGUAAUCGAUUACAACACCAGUUUAAGGGACAUGACAUAAUAUUAGCUAGUCCAUUGAAUUUUAUUCAAUUUUCAUUUAUUUAACAAUAAAUAAAGACCAAUUCAUGUCGGUGUUUUUCUUAUUCAUUUUACCAAUGAUUAAUAUCAUUUUAUUUCAUUAUCAAACACCGUUCUUCUAUAAAUCAACUGAACAAAAAAUCUUUUUUUUAUGUAUAAACUUUCUUUAAUUUGGAAUAUUACGAACAAAAAAAGAUGAAACUGGAUGAGAAUACUGGCCAUACAUUUAAAAAAUAACACACACAUUUAUAUAUUAAUAGAUUUUAAAUAAAGACACAACAAAAAUAAAUAUUAAUGAACAUCAUGCCAAUUUAAAAAUAAAGGAUUAAUUGAUUGGAUAAAUAAAGUUAGAAUACCAAAAAUGUGUCGGGGGGGGGGGGGGGG